GCAUAAUAACACAAAUGAAAACAACAGAGAGCCGUACGCUACCCGAAGAAAAGAGCGACGGUGGACACUGUGAUACCAAAACGGCAAAAACCCCAUCUUAGCCCAUCACUCAUGGAUCAUGUAUAAAAAGGAGUUGUGGGAAAUUAGUUACCAUAUAAUAAUAUAUGAUUACGAUGAGCAGGAGGAAGCAGCAGCUGGUGAUGAUGACGAUAAUGAUCGUUAUUACGAUUGUUCUUAUGGCACUAAUCAGUGACGCGAAGAUCAUUAACAUUACGAACAAGUUGGGCAGCAAGAAGACGUUGAUAGUUCACUGUGAAUCCGUAGACGACGACCUCGGGGUCCUCGCCGUGAACUCCGGCGACUUCUACCAUUGGGAUUUCGAGGACAGCUCCCUUUUCCGGCCGGCGGUUUUUUGGUGCCGCCUAGCGUUGGAAGACGGCCGUCUUUCCUUUGUGGCGUACAUUGAACGAGAAGGCGGUGGUGGGUACGCAGUCAUGGGGUACGAUGUCAACGAAACUGGGCUUUAUGGGCCUAACAUGUAUGAUGAGUGGAGGAAAUAUGAGUUGCUUCAUCCAUGGAAGCGAAUUCAGUUCCCUUGAAAUUGUUCUUCGUGAAGAACAAAUGGAUAUGGUUGUGGUGGUGGUCUGAAUCAAUAAAGUAAUCGUCUUUUUUCUCCCGUUUUGGUGAAGGUUGUCAAUUUGCGGGUUGGACAGUUGACAGACUUGGUGGAAAAAAGUGUGUCACACACUCGUUUUGAACACUUCAUAUGGAUUCCAUCUAACCGGUAAAAAAAAAGAAGGUUUCAAUCUGGCUUCAAUCUGCUUCAACUCGGUCAAAACUAACUCAGCAAAACCAGUAAGAUUGGAGAUUGAUUAGUACGUUACGUUGAGUUUGAAUUUUUAUUAUAUGUUGAAUUCAAGUACGAACGGUUAUUUUGGUAUAUUAUUAUAUGGUGUUACUCAUAUAUCAAAUGAGAUACUUUAUAUAUGUAUGAACAAUAUAAUAGUUUUUGCAAUAUAUCCGAGCUAAAUCGAGCUGAAAUGGUCGGACCAUUAACUUUUCACCCGUUUUUCACCCACUUGUACACAUUGGUUUUGGUUAAUUGGGAGAUAGAAUCCUAAAAAUAGAAUCGUGAAAGCAACUAUGCAAGUGAUGGAGAAUAAAACGAGGAAGAAGAUAUAUAAUAUAAAUAAGGAAGAAGGAUAUGGGGGAAGGAAGAGAGUGUUUUCUAAUGCCAAAUGUUGGAUAUUUAUGGAUUUGUGGAUUAAUGAAUUUGGAUCAAAUGA